AUGUUUUCACCGUGUUAUCCGAGUUAUCUCCUCAUUUUCAUUAAUUGCUACUUAACUACCUAACUAGUACCUAGUAGGCAGCAUAUCCUUACUGGAACCUCCAACUGCUUGAAUAAUGCCCUCCGAAAAGACAUUAACUGAGACUGUUCCAGUAACGGACUGGGACAGUGAUAGCAGAAACCCCCACAACUGGCCGACUUGGAAGAGAGCCUACCACUCUGUUCUACCUGCCGUCUUUGGCCUGGUGGUGACUGUCGGCUCAUCAAUAUACACAUCUGCCGUUGACGAUGUGAAAAAAGCCUUUCAUAUCUCCGAUGUCGCCGCCACUGUUCCUUUCUCCCUCUUCCUACUGGGCUUGGGCUUUGGCCCAAUGCUUGCAGCGCCAUUGAGCGAGAAUUUCGGCCGGACAUCGAGCUAUGUGAUCUCUCUCCCAAUAUACGCAUUAUUCACUCUAGGAGCGGGCUUUUCACACACAUUUGGUGCUCUUGUGGCAUGUCGUUUUCUGGCUGGCAUUUUUGCGAGCCCCCCUCUAGUCGUGGGUGCUGGCACUAUUGCAGAUAUUUGGAAACCAGAGCACCGCGCCCUUACAACUACUCUCUUUGCUCUCUGUCCCUUUCUAGGUCCGGCAUUGGGUCCUGUAAUGGGCGGAUUUGCCGUUGCAGCCAAAGGCUGGCGAUGGACACAAUGGAUCAUCUUAUUCUGGGCCGUUUUUGCCUAUCUGCUCGUCCUGGGCAUGCACGAAACGUACAAGAAAAUUAUCGUCGCGCGAGCAUCCAAAAAAGCAGGAGGCCACUUCACACCACCAGGUCCAUCAGGCCGCGAAGCCAUAAUACUCCUCUUUCAGGUCACCCUGAUCCGGCCUAUAAAGAUGCUUUACUCAGAGCCCAUUGUUAUUGCAUGGUCCCUUUACAUUGGCUUUACUUUUGCCGUGCUCUAUUCUUUCUUCGCUGCGUUUCCGUACGUGUACGCGACGGUAUACGGGUUUGACAUUCAGCAAAUCGGCCUUACAUUCAUUCCCGUUGCCAUUGGUACUGUCCUUGGUUCCAUUACUUUCAUAUGGAUUGAUCAGACAAUCUAUCAGAAGCGUAAUGCACAGUGGACGGCUCAAGGAGGCACUGGUCGCCUUCCGCCAGAGCAGCGAUUAUAUGCUUCCAUGAUUGGAGGCUGCGGAUUGCCGAUUGGGUUGUUCUGGUUUGCAUGGACUGCUAGACCAGACAUACACUGGAUUAGCCCGAUGAUUGCCACCGUGGUCAUAGGUUGGGGGAACAUGUGCAUUACAGUUCGUUUUUCUUCCAUCCUCCCUUGUAUAAAAAGCAGCCAAAAAGAAAAAGAAAAAGAAAAAGGAGUCGAACUAACCAGGCAGUAGAUGAGUGGACUUUUGUAUCUCCUCGAUGUCUACGAUGCGCUCACCGGUGCAUCAGCAGUGGCCGCCGCCUCGCUGCUUCGUUAUGUACUUGCUGCGGCAUUCCCACUAUUCGUUAACCCCAUGUACAGAAACCUCGGCGUUGGCUGGGCUACGAGUGUGUUUGCGUUCAUCUCGGUUGCUUUGACGCCAAUCCCAUGGGUCUUUUAUCGUUGGGGGCUGAGACUGCGAUCGAGCAGCAAGGUUAUGGCAUCAUGAAUUUGCUCAGUUGGCAGUUUGAAAUAUGCCCAAGGCCAGGCCGGGUCACUUGAAAAAAAAAGAAAAAAGCACCUUGUUUCACUUUUUUUUUUUUUUUUUAGGUAAUACUUAAAAGUUGGUAUCAGGGGUAUAGAACCAGAGCUUGGUAGGGAGGGUAUCACGCAAUGCGAAAUCUGCUAUGGAGCAGCAUUUUCAAAUUCGAACAUAGGUGUAUGUCAAUAACAACAAAAUCUGAAAAGCCGCAUUACUGUGCUCAUUAUGUAUUGGAAUUAUUCCUGUUUUGAGCCCUGUUCUGUCAGCGCAAAGCAAGCGUUAUGUGUGUGUGUGUGUGUGUGUCAUUGUUUAACGGCCGUAGAUCGUGAUUAAUUACUAUCUAGGUUGCAAGAGCAGCUAUCAGGUGCGUUGGCAGGUGCAG